CUUCCAGUAGUGCAGUCACAUCUCUUCAUCAUUCAUCUCACUGCUCGUUCUCGAGCUCCAGCCUUCACAAUGGCUUCCGUCGUUGCAUCUUCUGCCAUUGUGACCCCGGUCUCAGCCCUCGCUGCCUCCUCCACCACCAGGAGCUCUGAGAUUGUGUCCGUCAAGGCUGGUCUCAAGGCCGGAGUUUUGGGCGGAAAGACCGAAUGGCAAUCCAAGACCCAAACCAAUGGUAGCCGUGUGUCCUGCAUGCAGGUGUGGGAGCCAUACAACAACCUGAGGUUCGAGACCCUGUCCUACUUGCCCGCUCUGAGCCAGGAUGCUCUGGCCAAGCAGAUCGACUACGUCAUCAAGUCCGGCUGGGCUCCCUGCAUUGAGUUCGACACCCAAGGAGCCGUGACCCGUGAGGGAAGCAGAAUGCCCGGAUACUACGAUGGUCGCUACUGGACCAUGUGGAAGCUGCCCAUGUUCGGAUGCACCGACUCUGCUUCAGUGUUGAGGGAGAUCGAGGAAUGCAAGAAGUUGUACGGACACAAGUGCUACAUCAGGUGCUUGGGAUUCGACAACACCAGGCAGGUGCAAUGCGCCAUGUUCAUUGUCCACCAACCCACCAACAAGUAGAUCACCGUAUGCUCUCUCAGGGCACUACAAAUUAGCCGACUUGAAAGUUUUCAUUGCAGUGCGCUGUAUUCAUCGUCCACCAGUCCAACCAGGAAGUGAAGGUCGGCUGCGUGCUAACAGAGGUAAAAUGAGGAUGAAUCUCGACGAUCAUAUCCGCGGGCUUAGUUUAACUCACGACUGUAGGCGAGCACGACAAGGAUUUAGAAUUGCUCUAGAGCCAGGAAUGUAGAGUAAUGGAGUCUCCUAAUCUCUCUUUCUCAAUGUGUUAUCGUCAAUUGCUCUGUAGGGACAGAGUUUGUACCAUUUUUUUCUCAAUAAAUGUUCGGACAUUCUUCAUU